AUGGACCGAUGUGUGGGACAAGGCAGAGUCACAUCUCCGACAACUGCAGUGUCUUGCUCAUCCUCACACGCCGCUGCAAAUCCUGCCUUGCCGGGGUUUCGUGAAGAAGCGGAAAAAGCAGUUAAUUUAAAUCCAACGGAUGCCCCUGGUGAUAUUCAACUUGAACGCUCUAAACAGCCCUCCGAGGAGUCUCUUGUCAGUUGCACCAAGCUCGAGCUCACUGGCUUGGAUGCGUGGGUCAGCGAGACAACACUGGAGAACUUGUUCCGGCCCUACGGCAGGAUUACGUCCUGUGGGGUGAAGUCGGAGACCAGUCAGUCACGUGGAAGAUGCGGGUUUGUGGAAUUCGCCACCGGGAGGGACGCCCAAGCGGCGAUCGAGGCCAGGAACGGGUACAACCUGGGGUGUCUCCGGAUGGGAAUAAGAUUCUCGAUGGAAGUCGCGCAAGAACCUGUGUUGGAGCAAGAGCUCCGGGCGUAUGUCCCAUUCAUUCCCCAAGAAGGCGUCCCUGAGGCUCAUCGUGCGCGCUCCCUGUGCGCGAAACACGUCCCACGCUUGGCUGAUGAAGUGGAGACGAGGGAGUUCUUCCAGAACAGAGGAGCCGUCGCAGCGCGCAGACUAGUUCCUUCUUGCGACGAGGGCGCGCAGCUGGGCCUUGUGGAAUUCAAGACAGUGGAGCAGGCCCUGGACGGCAUUUCAAAGUUGAGCGGCUGCGCCUAUGGCGAUAAAACUCUAGAAGUGGGGCCCGCCAGCGAGGCAGAAAGGGGACAGAUGCUUGCCGAGACACGAGGGCUGGAAGAGGGGGAGAACGGGUCAAGGAGACCGGAGCGAUAUGAGCUGCGGAUCAGCGGCUUUCCGCCGGAAUGGGAUGAAAAGGAUCUGGAGGACGUGUUUAAAGGCACCGGGGAUGUGGAAGAUUGCAAGCUAGUGAGAUCCGAAAAUGGUGAUAUCGACGUUGAAGGAUUCGUGGCGAUGAGAAGCGAAGAUGACGCGGAGUGGGCCAUGGCUGUCUGGCAGGGAAACACACCCAGAGGAUGCACCAGACCCCUGAAGGUGGCUUUCUCCGUACUAGAGGCGUCCAAGGCCUGA